AUGACAAGAUACCAAUUGGAAAACAUAAAAACAUGCUCAACAAACUAUAACAUGAACAUUAAUUUUAACCAAAGGAAAAACGUUGUUAAAAAAAGUUUUUAUAUAAAAAUAAAAACGAAAACUUUAAACUCACUAGUUGUAAAUUUAUCUCACCUCAAUUUAUCCAAUGCGGAUAUAUCUGUUCUCAAUAAAGGACUUAAGUACGUCCCAACACCCUCAGCUGUCAACACCUGUCAGCCUGUGAAAAAUGCUUUUGCGAACUUGCGCAAUCGUAUGGCAACAAGGUAUUUUUUUAUUAACAAACCACACCCCCGCAAUGAGCUCCAUAGAAAAUCUAACUGGCUUGCACCUGAACCACAACAUAAAAACCUACAAAACUUUUUUGCCCUGGUAAAAAGAGAUUUAUGCGAUUUUACCACUAAAUUUCCCCUGUUGAGAUGCCAGAGUAAUCUUACUCGUAGCGAAAGGAAAAGUCUAUUCAAAUUAUCAAAAAACCGAAAUAUAGUGAUUAAAAAAGCUGAUAAGGGUGGUCGUGUAGUCAUCAUGAGUAAAGAUGACUACAUUAGAAAAGUUUAUGACCACCUCUCCAACAACAAAUAUUACGCAAAAAUGAAAACUGACCCUAGCAAAGACCAUAAAACUAAUAUCAACAGUUUCAUAGAAAUUUCUCUAUGUCGCCACAACAUAAACAAAAACACGGCCAAAUUUAUAACACCACCUGAAAACACUAGAAUGCCCCUAUUUUACAUACUGCUAAAAAUUCAUAAGGAUGGCAUUCCAGGACGACCAAUAGUUUCAGCUGUUAACUCUAUAACUGAAAAUAUCUCAGAAUUUUUAAAUCUUUGCCUGCAACCUCUCUUACCAAAAUUAAAAUCCUAUGUAAAGGACACCAAACAUCUAAUACAACGGUUACAAACCAUACCGGCACAAAAUGAACACGUUUUACUUGUAUCAGCAGACGUAUCCUCACUUUACACCAAUAUCCCUCAUCAAGAAGGAGUUCAUGCGUGUAUUCAUUUCAUUAGAAAAUACAGAAACACACUGCCUUCAUUCACACCCAAUGAACAUGUAAUACGAACGUUGUUUUCGUUUAUACUGGAAAAUAACUAUUUCAUGUUCCUAAAUGAAUUAUAUCUGCAGUUACUUGGCACAGCCAUGGGUACGAAGGUGGCACCACCAUACGCAUCAUUAUUCCUGGGUCUUUUUGAGCAGGAACACAGUGAAGAAGAACUACACAAAUUUUUCAUAUAUCUAAAUUCAAUACACCCUACAAUAAAAUUCACCUAUGAAUAUUCAACAGAGGAAAUUAGUUUUUUGGAUACGACUAUCUAUUUAGAUAAACGCUCGAGAAAACUCAAAACCAAAUUAUUUAUAAAACCAACUGACAGCAGAGCACUAUUACAUUUUACGUCGUAUUACCCUCACCAUACCAAAAGGGGUAUAAUUUAUUCGCAAGCACUCCGCUAUCGCAUGAUAACAAGUCAAGAUAGCAUUUUAAAAUGUGAGCUCGAUGAACUUAAAAGUAUUUUGCUGACCAGAGGAUACAAAGGUCGGCUUGUUGAUGAAAUAUUCGGGAAAAUCGCCAAAUUAAAGCAAUCAGACGUACUUUCCAACUCCACGCACAAGUUUAAUAAAAAACGAAUACAUUUCAGAACCGCUGACAAUAGUGGUGAUGCUGACAGAGACCAAAACAAAGACAAACACAUUCUACCUUUUAUUUUACCUUACCACGAAAAAUUUACAACGCUUAAACGAAUACUACACAAGUAUUGGUUUAUAAUUGAGAGCGACCCAGCUCUGCGACUCGUUUUUCCAACCAAAGCAUUCUUGACUUUCACCAAGCAUAAAAAUAUACAGGAAUAUUUAAUCAGAGCAAAGAUGAGAUCUGCUGACCACUGCCUUUCAAUAUAA